GGAGCACCGACCCUCUGGCUGUUGUGUCUUGUGCUGUAGGAUGGCGGGCAGGAGAGGGCAGGGCACUGGCGGGGCCAGAGGGACACCUGGGCACAAACUAGCGGCAACGCACCUGGCGAGGAGGCCAGAGCCCACCCAGCAAUGGGCAGCCGUGGGCAGCCACGUGCCCGUAAACCGAACAGGAACGUGGACUGGAUCCCAGGCUGGCCGUGCGGAGGCCAGGGGGCCAGAGGAGGAGGCGGAGGCUGGUGAUGACGAAGGCUGGGAUCAGCCUGGUCCCAGCUCCAGGCAGAGCCCUUGGACCCCACACUCACACGCACCCAACACCUCGGCCCCCCACACAUCGGGGAACACGGCGGGUGGUCCUCAGCACUUUGCGACACAUCACGCCAUGACUUCGAGGAACUUUGACACGCAGAACCACGGUGUGAAGCCCAAAUUUAUGAGCCGUGCCAAGCAGUGGAACGGCGAGAUCGAGAACCUUUACAGGUUUCAGCAGGCGGGCUACCGGGAUGAGGUGGAGUACAAGCAAGUGAAGCACGUCGAUGGGGUGGAUCGCUGGCCAGAGACGGGGUACGUGAAGAAACUACAGAGGCGAGACAAUACCUUCUAUUAUUACAGCAGAAAGCGGGAGUGCGAGGACAAGGAAGUCCAGAAAGUUAAAGUUUAUGCCUAUUGAGCAGCAACACAACACAACCUGCUGUUACGCUGGCGAUUACACAAUAAAUCACAGUUUCCAAAUCA